AUGGCAGAAAUGGCUCCUGACGCAUCGGAGAAACUGGUUACCAUUCACUCCAAAGCUCACAAAGAUACCAUUCUAGCUAAUUUUGAAGACCAAAGGAAAAAGGAUUUUCUUUGUGACAUUACCCUAAUAGUGGAGAAUGUACAGUUCAGGGCCCAUAAAGCUUUGCUGGCUGCCAGCAGUGAAUACUUCUCGAUGAUGUUUGUAGAUGAGGGUGAAAUUGGGCAGUCAAUUUACAUGUUGGAGGGAAUGGUUGCAGACACCUUUGGAGCACUGCUAGAGUUUAUCUACACUGGUUGCCUCCGUGCCAGUGAAAAAAGCACAGAACAAAUUCUGGCUACUGCACAGCUGCUGAAAGUGAAUGACUUGGUGUGGGCCUGUACAGACUACCAGGCCACCCAUAGCCCAAGUGAUGCGUUACCAGCUCCGGCUCACAGUGGAGCCUCUGUAGCUGUUACUGUGAGAGACAAGAAAAAUGAAGAACCACCAAAGCGAAAACGAGGGCGACCAAGGAAAAUCACGAAUGUCCAAGAAGAAAAAUCAUCCGCAAAUUCUGCCGAAGAUGGGCAGCUGAGAGAGAACAACUCCAUGCAAAAUAAGCAAAAUUUUAUGAAAAAAGACAAUGCGGAAGAAGAAACAGUUGUCAGCGAACAGGCUCCAGUGAGGAAAGAUGCAGUAGAAACUGAACCUGCUUGUGGCUCAGAAGCUGCUGUCGAUUUCUCAGCAGAGAAAGAUGAGAAUUAUGAUCCCAAAUCUGAAGGAAUACAGAGCACUCAGAGCCGUUACAGCAAACGUAGAAUAAGGAGAUCAAUCAAACUAAAAGAUUAUAAACUUCUCGGUGAUGAGGACGAAAAAGGACUGGCAAAGAGAACUGAUGGAAAAAAGAAACGUGCAGGUUCUGAAGCUCGCUGUAAAGACUGUGGCAAAGUGUUUAAAUAUAAUCACUUCUUAGCUAUUCAUCAGCGGAGUCAUACAGGGGAGCGCCCUUUUAAGUGCAGUGAGUGUGGCAAAGGCUUUUCCCAGAAACAUUCUCUUCAAGUCCAUGAGCGGAUGCACACUGGAGAGCGGCCGUACACAUGCACCGUCUGCAGUAAGGCUCUGACAACAAAGCAUUCUCUUCUAGAGCAUAUGCGCCUACAUACAGGGCAGAAGGCUUUUACAUGCGAUCAGUGUGGGAAAUACUUCAGCCAAAAGAGACAGCUCAAGAGCCACUAUCGAGUACACACAGGCCAUUCACUGCCGGAAUGUAACCAGUGUCGUCGCAAAUUCAUGGAUGCGGCUCAGUUAAAGAAACAUCUAAGAACACAUACAGGUGAGAAGCCCUUCACUUGUGAAAUUUGUGGCAAAUCAUUUACAGCUAAAAGUUCUCUUCAGACUCACAUUAGAAUUCACAGAGGAGAAAAGCCAUAUUCCUGUGGUAUAUGUGGAAAAUCCUUCUCCGAUUCCAGUGCUAAGAGGAGACACUGUAUCUUACACACAGGCAAAAAGCCUUUCUCCUGCACAGAAUGUAGUUUGCAGUUCGCUCGUCUGGACAACCUGAAGUCUCAUUUGAAAAUUCAUAGCAAGGAAAAGCAGUUUCAGGAAGCCAGCACUGCUCCAAGCACCAACACUAAUUCAGAAGUGAGAAACAUUCUUCAGCUGCAGCAGUAUCAGCUUGCCACCUCUGGAGGGCAGGAAAUUCAACUACUGGUUACAGAUGCAGUACAUAAUAUGAACUUCAUGCCCAGUCAUAAUCAAGGCAUUAGUAUAGUUACUGCAGAAAAUGCCCCAAACAUGACAACAGACCAGGCUGGUAACCUCACGCUGCUUGCUCAGCCACCACAGCAGUUGCAAAACUUGUUGAUUUCAGCUCAGCAGGAGCAAGCAGAACAAAUCCAAAGUAUCAACAUGAUUGCAAACCAAAUAGAGACUGUCCAACCUGAACAAAUGCAUGUCAUAACUCUUUCCAAGGAAGCACUUGAACAUCUCCAUGCUCAUCAAGGACAAAAUGAAGAAAUCCACUUAGCAGGAUCUUCACAUCCAGCACAACACAUGCAGCUGACUCAAGAAACAAGUCAACAGUCUCACUCUAGCCAAGAAGCGGUUCGUUCCCAUCAAAUCAGUGAAGAACAGAAUCAAAGCGUACAUGUUUCUGAAUCCCGUCAGCAGUCUCUGUCAGUAAAUGAGUCAUCUCAUGAGCAUCCUGUUCAAGGACAGGCUUUCUGA